AUGGACGCGUCAGCUGGCGUAGAACGUUCAUCUGGUUCUAAAAAAGCCCAUGGCGCUGUCGGGCAACAAGAAGUCGCCCCGUCUCAUGACCGUCCGCGUCUGCGUGCUAUAAAUGUUUUCGCAGCGGCUUGCAUCGCCGUCAUGCUUGCGUAUGCGCUGACCUUCCUGGCAGCCGCCCCUGCCGUGGUCUCACAGAGCGAUGGCUUUUCGAAAGAUGUGUCAAACUGCCCAGGCUACUCUUUGGACAGCAUCAAAGAAAGCGACACGGGCUUGACAGCGUCUCUCAGUCUCGCCGGCUCACCCUGCAAUGCUUUCGGUACUGACAUACAGAACCUGACCGUAACGGUCACCUACGAGACGUCAGAGCGUUUGCAUGUUUCUAUCGCGGAUAGUGCCAAGCAGCAAUUCACUUUACCGCCUGAGUUCUUCCCUCGCGCUUUCAACGACACCACAAGCAAGCCGACUUCGGAUCUCGCAUUCAACUAUGAGUCUGCCCCGUUCGCCUUCUGGAUCAGUCGCGUAAGCGAUGGAGACGUUCUCUUCGACACCCGCAACACCUCUCUGCCACCGGCACCGACAACGGCUUUGGACGGUGAACCUCUGAACGGUUUCCAUCUUGUUUUCGAGGAUCAGUACUUGGAGUUGACCUCUGCGCUCCCAAAAGACGCGAAUAUUUACGGGCUAGGAGAGGCUGUCGCGACCUCCGGCUUCCGGCGUGAUGUUGCCGGCCCAAACGGCACAAUCCAAACCAUGUGGGCUCGUGAUAUCGCUGACCCUGAGAAUGGGAACAUGUAUGGCAUGCACAACGUCUACCUGGAACACCGUAUCAACAACGAUACGGGCACCUCUGCGUCCCACGGCGUCUUCCUAUCUUCAAGCGAGGGCGCCGACGUUCUGCUCACUACGCCGGCAAACUCCAACACCUCACUCGUCCAGUACCGCAUGCUAGGCGGUACACUCGACUUCUACUUCUUCUCUGGUCCGAAGCCCGUUGAUGUCGUCGAGCAAUACACGAAGUUGAUCGGUCUCCCUGCUUGGAACCCGUACUGGGCAUUGGGCUUCCAUCUCUGCCGAUGGGGCUAUGAGAACAUUAACGAGACGAUGGACGUCGUCAAGUCGAUGCGCGAUGCAGACAUUCCUCUUGAAGUGAUGUGGAACGACAUCGACCUGUAUCAUGAUCUUCGUGACUUCACUUCCGACCCUGUCAGGUUCCCGCCUGAGGCCAUGCGGGACUUCAUUCGGAGUCUGGCGGCCAACGGACAGCACUACAUCCCUAUCCUGGAUGCCGCUGUUCCGCACACAGCCAAUGAUAGCGACUUGUACUGGCCGUUCAUCACCGGACUUGAACAGGGCAACUUCAUUACCAACCCGGAUAACUCGACGUACAUUGGCCAAGUUUGGCCUGGCUAUACCGUCUUUGCCGACUGGUUCGCUCCGAAUGUCGAGGCUUGGUGGACAGAGGCGAUCGCGAACUGGAGUGACAGCGGCAUCGAGUUCUCCGGUCUUUGGCUCGACAUGAAUGAGGCUAGCUCUUUCUGCACUGGGUCAUGCGGCUCAUUCGGAGAUCUAUCAAACACGUCCCAAUCGAUCGCUUUCCCGGGUGACGAGGGAGACCCUGUCACUGACUGGCCCGAAGGGUACGACGCUUCUCGAUGGGGCACCUCAGGCAACAUGACGAUCGGAGGCGAGCUCACGUACGACGACACCAUUGAGGUCACCGCCGCAAGUCUCCCGGCGUUCCUGCUCGAAGCUAUGAAGAAGCGCGCCCUCGGGGAGGUGAACGUGAAUGCACCUCCAUAUGCCAUUCAUAACGGCUUCGGUGACCUAUCUGAGCGUACGAUCGCUACCAACGCUACACAUUCGAAUGGAGCGGUUGAGCUUGAAGUUCACAACCUCUGGGGAUACAUGGAAGAGCGCGCAACUCACCUCGGCCUCCUGAAGAUUCGUCCCAACCAGCGACCUUUCCUCAUCUCGCGCUCUACGUUCCCGAGCUCAGGUGUUUGGUCUGGCCAUUGGCUCGGCGAUAACUUCAGCAAAUGGUCGUACCUGCGCUACAACAUCCAAGGCAUCUUGCAGUUCCAGAUCUUCGGUAUUCCCAUGGUCGGAGCUGACACCUGUGGCUUCAACGGCAACACGGACGAGGAGCUCUGCAACAGAUGGAUGGAGAUGUCGGCCUUCGCACCAUUCUACAGGAACCACAACGAGCGUGGCGCCAUCUCACAAGAGCCGUACCGAUGGGACACCGUCGCCGAGUCGAGCAGGGCUGCGAUGAAAGUCCGCUAUGCAAUGCUGCCUUACUGGUAUACCCUGUUUGCAAAUGCUUCCACGCGUGCGACGCCGCCCGUUCGCGCGCUCUUCUGGGAGUUCCCCGAUGAGCCGGAGCUGCUCUCCGUUGACUUGCAGUUCAUGGUCGGCAGCGCUAUCCUUGUCUCGCCAGUCACCUCCCCGAACGUGACAACCGUUGACGCGUACUUCCCCGGAGAGAACAUAACCUGGCGCGAUUGGUACACGCACGAUGUAGUCGACGCAACUCCCGGAACGCCUACGACUCUCUCGGCACCUCUCAACCACAUCCCAGUCCACAUCCGCUCGGGAUCCAUCCUUCUCCUCCACGCCCACCCUGGCUAUACAACGAAUGAGACGCGCUCGCAACCGUACUCACUCCUCGUCUCGCUCGACUCCGACGGUCAAGCUUUCGGCACAGCGUACAUCGACGACGGCGAGUCGAACCCGGACUCGAGCGGGUUCAUCUCGAACCGCACCCUCACUUUCUCCGCCACUAGCGCGGGCGUUAGCUUCAAGGGAGUGGGUGAUUUCAACGUCGAGCAGCCCAUCGAGAGCAUCACCGUCCUCGGCGUCCCUUCGUCGCCGUCCAGCGUUAACGUGAGCGGCGGCGGAAGCGCCUCGGUGGCGUAUGAUGCGACUGUGCAGAGGGUGAAUGUGACCGGGCUCUCGUUGGAGUUGAACGAGGAUGCGACCGUGAGCUGGGCAUGA